CGCUCCGUGACCGGCUCCUGAGCGCCGUGGUGUCCUGCUUCAAGCGGCACGGGGCGGCCGCCAUCGACACCCCCGUGCUGGAGCUGCGGGAGACGCUGAUGGGGAAGUACGGGGAGGACACGAAGCUCAUCUACGAGCUGCAGGACCAGGGAGGGGAGCUGCUGGCCCUGCGCUACGACCUCACCGUACCCUUUGCUCGCUACCUGGCCAUGAACAAGGUCAACAACAUGAAGCGCUACCACGUCGCCAAGGUGUACAGGAGGGACAACCCAGCCACAACCCGGGGCCGCUACCGCGAGUUCUACCAGUGCGACUUUGACAUCGCCGGGCAGUUUGACCCGAUGAUUCCCGAUGCCGAGUGCCUGAAGAUUGUGCACGAGAUCCUGAGUGACCUGCAGCUCGGGGACUUUGUCAUCAAGGUCAAUGACCGUCGCAUUUUGAAUGGGGUGUUUGCUGUCUGUGGUGUUCCAGAGAGCAAGUUCAUACCUGCCUGCUCCACCGUGGACAAGCUGGACAAGAUGCCGUGGGAAGAAGUGAGGACUGAGAUGGUGGGAGAGAAGGGGCUCUCUCCCGAGGCUGCAGAUCGCAUUGGGGAGUAUGUCCAGCUCCAUGGUGGGCUGGACCUGAUCGAGCGGCUUCUCCAGGACCCAAAGCUAUCCCAGAACAAGCUGGCCAAGGAAGGGCUGGGGGACAUGAAGCUGCUGUUUGAGUAUCUGACCCUGUUUGGCAUCACAGGGAAGAUCUCCUUUGACCUGAGCCUGGCCCGGGGCCUGGACUAUUACACAGGGGUGAUCUUUGAGGCUGUGCUGCUGCAGCAGGAGAACGAGCACGUGGAGGAGCCGGUCAGCGUUGGGAGCGUGGCUGGAGGCGGCCGCUACGACGGGCUGGUGGGGAUGUUUGAUCCCAAGGGCAGGAAGGUGCCCUGUGUGGGGGUCAGCAUUGGGAUCGAGCGGAUCUUCUCCAUCCUGGAGCAGAGACUGGAGGCUUCUGGGGAGAAACUUCGAACAACUGAGACCCAAGUGCUGGUGGCUACACCACAGAAACACCUGCUUGCUGCCAGACUGAAGCUCAUCUCUGAGCUGUGGGACGCAGGGAUCAAGGCAGAGAUGCUGUACAAGAAGGACCCUAAAUUGCUGAAGCAGCUGCAGUACUGUGAGGACACAGGGAUCCCCCUGGCUGCCAUUGUGGGAGAGCAGGAGCUGGCAGAUGGAGUGGUCAAGCUUCGAGAUGUUGCAACAAGAAAGGAGGUUGAUAUCCCAAGAGAAAAGCUGAUUGAUGAGAUCAGGAGAAGGCUGGAGCCCUGAGGACUUCUCUGGCUGGAGCUGCUUGGCUGAACUGCUGCACAACUGGAAUCCAGCACCUCAGCCAUUCACUGCCAGCUGCGGUCUGGGUAACACCCACUGGCCUAAGGCUCAUUGCCUCGGCUAAGGCAGUGAGAACAGAGGAGUAAGAGGGUUUUAAAAGCAAUGGACGGUGCAGUCACCAGGUUAACCUUGUGGUUAGCUUCUCUGAAGGUCAAGUUCGUGGGUUCCUACAGUCCCUGUACCUGUACAACCAUUUCCAUCACUGUAGGUGGUGGUGGCACAGAUGGAUGUGGUGCUGCUCGAGCAGGAUCAGGUGGAAUUCCAGAUUUGGGAGAGGGAAUCCAUGGUGUGUUGGGCACCUGCCGGCUCAGGACGUGGGGCGAGGGGGGCAGUGAAAAGGCAAC